GCUUUAAGAAGAAGAAAAACAAGAGACAGAGAGACACACUGUGAAGGUGAACGGAAAAUCAAAACGAGAGGAAGAUGUGUCUCCGUUACUCCCUUUGCUUGAUCUUCUUCUCUCUCAGCUUACUCCAAGGUUUCGCGAAGAAGACAGGAGAUGUGUCGGAAUUGCAGAUCGGGGUUAAGUUUAAGCCAACAACGUGUGAAGUGAAGGCUCACAAAGGUGAUAUGAUCAAGGUGCACUACAGGGGGAAACUUACCGAUGGAACUGUAUUUGAUUCGAGCUUUGAAAGGGAUGAACCGUUCGAGUUUGAGUUAGGAAGUGGCCAGGUUAUCAAAGGUUGGGAUCAAGGUUUGCUAGGUGCGUGUGUAGGAGAGAAGAGGAAGUUAAAGAUACCUGCAAAACUUGGAUAUGGUGAACAAGGCUCUCCUCCAACUAUCCCCGGUGGGGCAACACUGAUAUUUGACACAGAGCUUAUUGCGGUAAAUGAAAAACGAGGUGGUGGUGCAGCAGAAGGAGGAGAAGAAGACGACGGAGAAGAUGUGGACGACACAUAUGGAGCUCACGAGCUGUGAUUCGAUUUCCAUUUUCCAACCGUUUAGCUUCAGAGUUUUCUACUAAUAAGCAGUCUAUGGCCAUUUGUGUCUUUUAA